UUUGCAGAACCAAAAAAGGGUUCAGUUUUAUAAUUGGAAUUUGGAUCCACGGUGAUAAAAGAGCGUAAGAACCACCGACGUGAGCUAGAUUCCCCCACCGAAGCUUUCCCAUUUUACAACUAUGUCCUCCCCGUACCUAUAAAUUGCUUUGUUUGACUCUUCCAUGGCUAAUUCCUUGACUUUUUGAGCUGGGAAAAGUUGUUGCUCAGUCCUCUGCCAUAUUCCUUCUUUCUUUUUCUAUGAUCCAAGUUUGAAAUACCAGCAUCUCUCUAAAGGGCCUAGGUUCUGUUCUGGACCAUAAUUUCCCUUUGAGUUGCUGUCUUGAAGUCAAUUCUCAUUAUCGUUGCCAUCGAAUUUUCAAGUGCUCUUUUCCUAGCUACAGAGAUUGAUAUCUUUGAUGGAAGACGGUGAGCUUGACUCCUCAAACCCGGAGGUGUUUUCGAGUUCAAAUGCCGUUGAGCUUCCGAGCAGUUGCUCGAUGGAUAGCUUCUUUGAUGAAAUUUUGAAGGACACUCAUGCUUGCACACACGCUCAUACUUGCAACCCUCCUGGUCCUGAUUAUUCACAUACGCAUACCUGUUUUCAUGUCCAUACUAAAAUUGUCUCUUCCCCCGCUGAAGACAAGGUGUCCACUGAUGACACAGCGGAGUCUGUGGAUAAGAAGAAUAAGAAACGCCCACUAGGUAACCGCGAAGCAGUUCGUAAGUAUCGUGAGAAGAAAAAGGCGAGAGCUGCAUCGUUGGAAGAUGAAGUUGUGAGAUUGAGGGCCUUGAAUCAGCAAUUGUUGAAGAGAUUACAAGGUCAGGCUGCAUUGGAGGCCGAGAUUUCAAGGCUCAAGUGUUUGCUUGUGGACAUCCGAGGAAGAAUUGAAGGGGAGAUUGGAACAUUUCCAUAUCAGAAAUCAGCCACUUCGAAUAUGCCUGGCCAAAAUGUGCCUGGUAGUUACAUGAUGAACCCAUGUAAUGUGCAGUGCAAUGAUCAGGCGUACUGCCUUCACCCAGGGGCCGAUGGUAAAAGUGGAGAGAGUGUUUUGUUGAACGGCCAAAGUUUUAAUGCUUGUGACUUUGAGAAUCUUGAGUGCCUUGCAAAUCAAAACACAGGAGGAGCGAAGGAGCUUCCUGACUGUGGAUUAGGCGACACCACUUCUAAUGUCAAUUACUCAGAACUAAAUCAGAAGAAAGGUGAAAGAACCUGAGCACUUAACUUUUAAUCUUGUGUAUAUGAAAGAUUCUGUCCAAGUUAUGUGUUAUAAAAGUUUGACUCGAUGUUGCCUGUCGAAGCGAAACCUGGCUGGCUCUUGAAGAUCUCUCUACCGUUUGGUCAUAGAGCUAGGUUCUUUUCAUGUUUAGCUUGCAAGAUUCUUGCUGGUUUCACAACUUUCAUUUGUUGGGCGUUCAAUUCAAUAAAUUUAUUUCCAGCUAUCAAACAUCAUUCUCAUCAUCAGAUAUCACAUUUGUAAACUUUCAUUUUCCAUUGGGGUGUAAGCAAUUUUUUGUACAUGUUCUUCAAUAACAACAUGUGGGGUGGAGAUUCAGACUUCCGUCCUUAACCAGUCGAGUUAGGCUUAGGUUGGCAAUAACUGUCAGUUAAACACUAUCAUCUUUCCUUCCACUCCUUUGUUUUUUUCCUUUUAUUUACAUUUUUUCAUGAUUGUUAAAGUUUGAUACGGCUCGAGGACUGGCCUCUAUUUGUUUUCAACUACUAACAACUCUUUAUAUGAUGCUCACGGUUCAAUUAGGAGGAGGGGUCUGUAAAGCAACAGAAAAUGGGAAGAGCUGAUCUCGGACGUUAUCUGCAUCCUUUUGUUUAUAUAAGUCUGCUACGAGUGUUCCUGUUCUGUUUUGUGCAGCAUCAACGUUGUCUUUCAGUUACAGAACUAGGAGAUGGUAGGAUUUCAAGAAAUCUUUGAUCUGCAUUCAACGUGCAAGAGAACUUUUGAGCAGCAUGUACAGUCUAAGAAGAAAGGUGACACAACUCUCUCGAAGCGGAGGAUUUUUCAUCGACUUGUAUUUCAAGUUAUCCGCGUGUCUGCUAAAUGGGGCUCACCAUUGUUGAGUAACAAAUGCUCGUGGCAAUAUUUUCAAGGUCUCCGAGGAAGUAUUCGCGUUUGCCACAUUUAGUGGGUAAGUCUCUCUAUAUCUGAACAAAUAGGUAAGUUUCAGAGGAGAUAUAGCGAGCCUUAGGCUCUGAUAUGUCAGAGUGAACUGUGAAUCUUCUGUAUUACCAUGGAAGAUUUUCAAUAUGCAAAAGAAAGAUUCUGAAAACAUCUGCUACUACAUUAUCAGUUAACCAGCCAUUUUAAUCAAAUAUGGAACAUAUAUUAUCUUC